AUUUCUUGCACAUAUACCAUCCCUAGCUUCCCCUAUAACCCUGCAAGCUACACAUAUGCACCUUUCUUCUUCCCCUUUUUCUUUAUUUACACAGCCCUUGAAACCUUUCCAUUAGUUGUAGAAGUUGCGUAAAUUAGUAUUUGACUAGCUUUGGGUUGUUUGAUUAAAUCAUUAAUGGGGUCCCUCCAAAAACACAACUCUUCCUGGACACCAAAACAGAACAAACUCUUUGAAAGAGCACUGGCCUUGUACGACAAGGAUACCCCGGAGCGGUGGCAAAAUGUGGCCAAGGCUGUUGGUGGGAAUAAAACAGCUGAGGAAGUCAAGAGGCACUAUGACAUCCUUCUAGAAGACCUCAGGCAAAUUGAGUCCGGCCACGUUCCUAUUCCCAACUACAAGUCCUCCUAUGGUGGUGGUGGUGGCGGCCGCGGCAGCAGCAGCAACAUUAAUGUUGAUGAAGAAGAAAGGCUUCUGAAGUAUCUUAAAUUGCAGUGAAGUCCAAGUCAAUUGCCACCUUUUCAUGAAAAGGUUGACUACAUGUCUCCCUAAAAUAAAAUGUCCCUCUUUAUAUGUUCCUCUCUCUCUCUCUCUCUCUCUCUCUCUCUCUCUCUCUCUCUCUCUCUCUCUCCACAGUGUAAUUGAUGUUCAAAAAAAGAGGUUAAUGAAAAUCUGAGGAAAAUUCAUAGA